UUAAACCGAAUGGAGUGAUCCUUGAGUUUUCAGACUUGUGAAGAAGUAAUUUCGCAAGCUUUUUGCGGCCUGCUUUUCGGAAAUUGUUUAUUUGAAUGAACGUCGGGCUCCAUCCCAGCUAAGGAUUGCUGGCGACAUUUCAGUCAACGGCAUGGCCUCCAUGAGUCAGCGUCGGAACAUGACGCACAGCCAGCAGCAGCGGAUGAUCCUGGAGCACCGCCGGCAGGAGGACCGCCGCCUGGACCAGACGAAGCGCGUGGCGCAGGAGCGCCAGAUGCAGGCCAGCAUGGUCAACGAGCAGCGCCUGGAGGAGAAGCGGCACCUGCGCGCGCUGCAGGACGAGCAGCACGAGCGGCAGCUACAGGAGGCGCUCUACAAGGCAGAGGAGGAUCGGCUGCUGCGGGACAAGCAGCUGGAGCAGGAGGAGCGGAUGGCCAAAGAGCUGGCACGCAUCAGCCACGACAAGCUCCGCGACGAGAAGAUGAGGCAGCACAUCAAGGAGAACAGUAUUGAGCUGCGCGAGCUGGAGUUGAAGCUGAAGUCGGCCUACCUGAACAGGGAGCGAUCAGCACAGAUAGCUGAGAAGGAGGCCAUGAAAUACGAGACCAUGCGUCAGGACGCAGAGGCGGCGCGUGUGAUGAAGAGUGAGCACGAGCGUGCGUCGGAGGAGCAGGCGAAGGAGACGCGUCGGCGCGAGGAGGAGGUGCAGCGCUACCAGCAGGAGCUCCAGCUGCAGCUGCAGGACAAGGAGGCGCAGAAGCAGCACGCCUACCAGGAGUUCCUCCGGGACAAGGUCAUGGUGGACGACAUCGUGCGCCGCAUCUACGAGGAGGACCAGAGGGAGCGUGAGCUGCGUCUGCAGAAGGUGGAGGCGCUGCAGCGCUACAUUGAGGAGUUCAAGGCGCAGCAGGCGGAGUGGCGGCGGCUGGAGAGGGAGAAGAUGGAGGAGGAGAACCGGCGCAUCCUGCAGUUCGCCUCCCAGCAGCAGCGCAAGGAGGACGACCGCCAGGCACUGGCACGCCAACGGGGCCAGGCCAAGGAGAGCCUGCAGAGGAUGCUCUCAGAGAAGAUAGCACAGGAGCGUCAGCAGCAGGAGGAGAUGGACCGUGUCAGAGAGGAGCUCUAUCUGGAGGAGCAGGCCGAGGCCGCCAGGAAGAUGGAGAUCGAGGAGAUGGAGAAGCGCAUCCACCAGCGUCUGGAGCUGCAGCGCACCUUCCAGGAGCAGAUGGCGUUGCGGCGCGUGCGUCGGGAGGAGGAGCGGCAGGAGGAGGAGGCCUUCCGCCGCGUCACCAUGGCCAAGUUCGCCCAGGACGACCGCCUGGAGCAGAUGAACGCCCAGCGCCGACGCCUCAAGCAGCAGGAGCACAAGAGGGCCGUCGAGAAGCUGCUGCACCACCGCCGACAGCAGUACCAGGCCGACAAGGAGCGUGAGGCGGAGGAGCAUGCUCUGGAGCAGGAGAGGGAGGCCAUGCGCAGGCAGAUCAUCGAGGAGGAGAGGAGGAGCCUCCUCAAGAAGCACGCCACCAAGCUGCUGGGCUACCUGCCCAAGGGCAUCUUCAGGGAGGAUGACCUGGAACACUUUGAUGAGGAUUUCAAGAGUAACUUCCAGAAACGUCAGGCAGACAUCUUCUCUGAUGAGGGCUGGGGAGAGGAGAGCCAAUAAGCACUUCACAUAUUCCACCACUGGGUGGCACUCAUUGUUACUUUCGCAUGUUGCUUCCUUAUUCCAACUCAUCUUUUUUAUCAUGUGAAUGUAUGCAUUUUUGUUUUCAUAGUAUCAGAAUUGUUUGCCAUGAAAUAUCCAUAUAGGUUCAUUCUAGAUCACCAAAAAAUAAGCAAUUUAAAUAAAGAUUGAAGUGAAAUUCCCAAA